AUACUUUGACACGUGUAUAGCUUGACACGUGGUGGUAUGAAACCAGUCGUAGUCAAACCACCCCAAAACCGAAACCCUAUCAAGUAUCAAUGGACUCAUCUUCUUUCUCUCUUUCAAUUCAAUUAUCGUUGUGACUUGGAAUUCCAAAUUGCCGUUGAAGAAUAUGAAAACAUGGAAUGCGACGAAUCAAUAGCGAGCUUGCAUUCUCAUAACCCAAUUGCUCGGAUCAGGCAGUCCUUUCAAGUUCCUCCACAUUCUGUGCAGAGCUCCUUAGGUUUCGUUGCUUCUGUCAAGCCAUUGUUUCCCUGGUUGGGACUGCCCUUGAUUUCAUAUUUUAAAAUUUCGUGGUUCAUGGGUGAUACUUGGCUACACUAUCUUUUUACCAAUUUACCUCUUCUUAACCAAUUGCAUCAAGUACCAAUCAUGUUAAGCCUUGUAAAUCGCUGCAUUAAGGAGAUUGGGGGAGGGGUGGUGGGAGGGCCUUGCUAUGGAGAAGAACAGUAACCUGCCCAGUCCCCCCACCCCAGUCGCAAAGACAUAGGGUUGCUUACAUAAGGAUAUGGCUGCUUUUACCAAGCUGAGAAUUUUGCAGGGCUUUGGUCUGGUGGAUGAAGGAAUUUGCAGUUUGGACAUGCUGGAGAGGACUUGGCCAUCAUCACCAACAUAUGGCACCGUGAGCACACACUUGCCACCAUCUCUUCUUGAUCCCCUCCAACUGCUA